AUGACAGAGGAGGUCAUCGUGAUAGCCAAGUGGGACUACACGGCCCAGCAGGACCAGGAGCUGGACAUCAAGAAGAACGAGCGCCUGUGGCUGCUGGACGACUCCAAGACGUGGUGGCGGGUACGCAACGCCGCCAACCGGACAGGCUACGUGCCGUCCAACUACGUGGAGCGGAAGAACAGCCUGAAGAAGGGCUCGCUGGUCAAGAACCUGAAGGACACGCUGGGCCUGGGCAAGACGAAGAGGAAGACGAGCGCGAGGGACGCGUCCCCGACGCCCAGCACGGACGCCGAGUACCCUGCCAAUGGGGGCGCCGACCGCAUCUAUGACCUCAACAUCCCCGCCUUCGUCAAGUUCGCCUACGUGGCCGAGAGGGAGGACGAGCUGUCCCUGGUGAAGGGGUCGCGGGUCACCGUCAUGGAGAAGUGCAGCGACGGCUGGUGGCGGGGCAGCUACAACGGGCAGAUUGGCUGGUUCCCCUCCAACUAUGUCCUGGAGGAGGCGGACGAGGCGGCCGCGGAGUCCCCCAGCUUCCCGAGCCUGCGGCGGGGCGCGCCCCUGAGCAACGGCCAGGGGGCGCGGGUCCUGCACGUGGUCCAGACGCUGUACCCCUUCAGCUCGGUCACCGAGGAGGAGCUCAACUUCGAGAAGGGAGAGACCAUGGAGGUGAUCGAGAAGCCGGAGAACGACCCCGAGUGGUGGAAGUGCAAAAACGCCCGGGGGCAGGUCGGCCUUGUCCCCAAAAACUACGUGGUGGUCCUCAGCGACGGGCCCGCCCUGCCCCCGGCGCACGUCCCGCAGAUCAGCUACCCGGGGCCGGCGGGCAGCGGGCGCUUCGCGGGCAGGGAGUGGUACUACGGGAACGUGACCCGCCACCAGGCCGAGUGCGCCCUCAACGAGCGGGGCCGCGAGGGCGACUUCCUCAUCAGGGACAGCGAGUCCUCGCCCAGCGACUUCUCCGUGUCCCUCAAAGCGUCAGGGAAGAACAAGCACUUCAAGGUGCAGCUGGUGGACAGCGUGUACUGCAUCGGGCAGCGGCGGUUCCACACCAUGGACGAGCUGGUGGAGCACUACAAAAAGGCCCCCAUCUUCACCAGCGAGCACGGGGAGAAGCUCUACCUCGUGCGGGCCCUGCAGUGA